AUGUUAAUUCUGCGUGUGCCCACCACUCCUGUCCACCUCAACUCCCACUCGUGUGCUUCUUGGGAUCCUACAUCACCAACUAUUCGCAUCCCCCAUCCAAUCUGGUAUCUAACUCGUGAGCAAAAAGAGACGAGCGCUUCGCAACACCAUCGUGGAAAACCCCACGAAAACAGUACCACCAAUAACCAUCCCACAAUCUCAAUUGACCAACAUAUAUUCUCAAGACAAGCUGCACAAUCGCCUGUGCUCCUGGAAACCCACGACUACCGCAUAUCGCAGAUUCUAGCAACAGUCUUAAAGAUGACCACUGCAGGCCCGGCCGCGCCCAGCGCCGCGAUACAGACGAACCCCCACCCCUCCACAGUGACACCUUUUGCUGAGUCAUCAACGAGGACCACAAUCACUGGCGGGGACAAGGCCAAAUCAAACGGCUCGAGAGGCGAAGAUGCAGCGCAAAAGAAGAAACGCAGCCUCUUUGGUCUAGGCAGCAAAAAAACCGUCGAAGAACCCCUCAGGACGCCUCCUCCCACCUCGAAUGCGACAUCAGUUCCUGGACCAGUUCCCGUCACGCCGCGGGAGUCCCCGUCCCGGACGACCACCGGAUCGCCUGCGCCCGCGCGGGGCCUGUCCAACUCGCCAGGCCUGUCUCCUCGUCUCGGCUCGCCCGCAGGCUCCAUGAUCUUUGAGCGUGACGUUCAGGAGACGGCGGUUGCCUUGCCAACCUCGCCAGCGAUCCCUUCGCACAUUGCGACCGAAGAUUUGAUCCCUCCGGUGCUUGAUGCCUCGUCAGAGGCGAUCACAGAUGACCGUAUCGACCCGGAUAGUGUUGAGAUUGUGACGCACACCUCGCACCAGCCCGCCGCCCUUGCCGUGACAGGCGCCGCAGUCAAUUCGGCGACGCAGUCGAUGUCGUCGUUGCACAACACAGUUGAGGGGUCGUGGGCCGAUCAGCUUGCAAGCUUUGAGCAUGACCGCAGUGGCGGCGGGGACGGGGCGAGCAAUUACGGAUCCCUCGACGCAUCCGACGUGCGGAGGCUGUCAUUUAUCUCGUUUGCCGACGUUGUUCAGGCUGAGCACGGUCAUGCUGCUGCCACUUCGCGGGACAGCAUACAUUUGCCUGCGGGCCUGACGAGUCUCAACACCCUGGCGGCCCGAUCGCCCUCACCGGUCAGGUCGCCUGUUUCGUCGCAAGGUGGCGGGCCGGCGGCGUCGUCGCCACCGACGUCCAAAUCUGGGAGCAUCAGGGGCAUGGACGCAUCGCCAUCGCGUAAGCCGCUGGUGGGUCUCAAUGCAGCCGCUGCUCUGGGUCCGAACAGUCCUCCGCUGAGCACCGCAACGUCACAUGUCGAGGGCGAUCUCAAGAUCGAGACAAUGUCACAAGCUUUGCGUCGGACCGGCAGCGCGGACCUCGGUGGAGUAAUGAGUUUCCCGACCAGCCCAAUUGAGGGUCCUUUGCGCUAG